ACCUUCAAAAGUUUUUCAAGUUUCUAUUGUUUAGGUUUUACUUUAGUUUUUAAUUGAUUCUUCUGAAUUUCUUAUCAAAAUGACUGUAAUAAAAGUUGUGGAUGAAAACGAAGUAAUUAGUAAAUUAGCUUCUUACACUGAGAAGAUUUCUAAUGAUGCCAUCAGCAAAAGAGGAAAGUUUUUCAUUGGACUAUCAGGUGGUUCCGUAGUUAAGUUUCUGUGUGAGGGUCUGCCUACCCUGAACACAGACUGGUCCAAAUGGGUGUUGGCGUUCUGUGAUGAGCGUGUGGUGCCGGAGGACAGCGAAGACUCUACCUUCGGGACGUACAAGAGGAACCUGAUACCUAAAACUAGCUUGAAAGAAGAACAGUUCAUUACUAUUAAACAAGGAGUUUCAGCUGAAGAAGCAGCAUCAGACUACACAAAAAAGCUAACCACAGCUUUCGGCAGCACCAACUAUACCUUUGAUCUGCUCCUCCUGGGCAUGGGCCCCGACGGACACACCUGCUCGCUGUUUCCUGGACAUCCACUACUCAACGAGAUGAGUCUAAAGGUUGCCCCAAUAACCGACUCUCCAAAACCCCCUCCGGAAAGGGUUACCUUAACGUAUCCGGUUAUAAACAGUGCAAGGAACUGUAUUUUUGCUAUAACUGGUGCUGGGAAGGCUGAUAUGGUUAAGCGCAUCCUCAAAGGCCAAGAAGACUUGCCGUCGACGCGAGUGAAGCCCGAAGGCUCUCUCUACUGGAUCGUCGACAGCGCUGCGGCCGCGCAUUUGUAGACCAAGCUAUUGAUAACUG